AUGUCAUACAUUGUGGAGCGAUUUGAAGAAAAAGCUAGGUUUAUAAACGAAAGCGAAGCCGAACUGAUUCGAGAGAAACUCGAAAUACUUGUAAACAACAUCGUAACCCAAAUGGAAAAGCACGACAGCCGAUUUCAGAGCACAUUGGUCAAAAGCGGAAGUGUUUACGAAGGAACGAAAGUUUGCGAGCCGAAUGAAUUCGACUUCAUGGUAAAGAUAACCCCUCUUACAGACAAACCAUCAAUCUUGCAGAGCUCCUGUGCGAAGGAUGACGGAUACGUGCAGUUAUCUCUUCAGGAAGAUCAGUGGAAAGACUUCAGAGAUGAAAAGGGCUUCUUCAGCCCAUACUUGCUUUCCCGUCACUUCAAAAAACUUAUCAUGGAAUCAAUCUCUGAUGUGGAAACUCCUGAAGGAUUGAGCAUCUACAGAGCUCCCCAGGAUGAGUCGGAGGGACGUUUGUGGCUCCUUUAUCGUGGAAUACUUUGUGACAGUGGCGAGGAAAAUGCAUCUGGUGUCACAUACUCCGAAACGCAUGGACCAUCGACGACCCUCGAUAUUCAUUGGAAAGGGGGCACAACUUAUUACAACUUGAAAGUGAAUGUGGACUUGACGCCAACUAUCGACCUGCCCAUAUCCAGUCUUCCCGUUCAGCCCAUAACUGAUGUACGCCCCGAAGUACAGCCAAAAAUUCAAGGAAUUCUACAGAAGACUGGAUUCCAUGUCGUUCCUGCUGGGUUUGACGAGUGGCGCAUCUCGUUUUCUAAGGCCGAGAAAGAAAUUCUGGCCACUUCCCCUGACGGUUUUAAAGCAUGUUACAAAGUCCUAAAAGUCUUACGAGAUGACGUGUCUAUGAAUCUGGGAUUGAGGACCUCCUUGUUACCAUCGUACUUAUUUAAGACUGUUCUCUUGUCCCAGUUGUUCACCAAAGAUGUCCAUGCCUGGGAGAAGGAGUUCCGAUCUCAAAUGAUCAUCGAUGUUUUGGAGCUCGUUUUGCAAGCAAUAAAGCAGGAAAAGCUUCCAAGUUUCUUCAUUCCCUCAUCUCUACUUCUAUCCAAGGCACAUGAGAACAGAUUGCGGGAAUGUCUCGUGGAAGACAUGCUGAACGAAGUCAAGGGCUCCAAAAUGGCCAACUCACUGAUGGACGUUGAAGAGAAAAAACAACAGGUGAAGAUUUUACAACUAAUUGAGCUGUUGGAGUACAUAUUUUCGUGCCUUAAAGUUGGAAAGAAUCCAACUAAUGUUUGGAAAAUGAUGUUUGCCAACAUCGACAGCGUACCUGGAUCUCGCACCGCUUCAGAAAAAUUUGACGUCAGUUGGAUCGAUAUCAUUGACGUGACCGUCACAGAACUUCGCCCAGCCGCCUACAGGAAUUUAAAGAAGAUAUGGAACAUUUUGGAAGCCUUUGUACCGCUUUUGCUUGCCUCUCUUCAAGGUGAGGAAAAACAACUGGCUCAAAAAUACCAAUUCUCCAUCUCAGAGAAGAAGAAGAAAUUCGAGGCCGAGCAGCCACACCUGUCUAAAGAGGAAGUUCGACCGGUAGGAGUUUGUGAACUUGUAAGCGACUGGAUUUUUGUCCACGUCGUUAAAAAAUACAUGGAUAACGACAAUACGACUUUGUCAAGUACACACAAAAUACUUCCUCCUGAAUACUGUCUGCCAGAUGGCAGUCCUUUUCAAGCAAUUGCAGACAUAGCCUUGGACAAGGGCAGUAAAGAGGGACUGGCUAUUUUCGAGAAAGUUCUCAACAAGUACUUAUCAGGGAUUCCCGAAAUCUUUAUAAUGAUGGCCACUGUUUAUUUUAUAAAGGAAACGAUUUUACAUUCAAAGGAAGCGCUGAAACGUAAACUUGAUCACAUCACUAUUCCAGAGCAAAAGCCUAUCUCCUGUGCAGAGCUAGAUUUGGACUAA